AUGGUGUUCGAUGCUUGCUGCCUGAGCCAGGAGGAGGCCGAACAAAGGGCCAAAUCUAGGAAAAUAGACAAACAGCUUGCCCAGGAGAAAGUGCAGUACCGUCGUCAAGUCAAGGUCUUGCUUUUAGGCGCUGGGGAGAGUGGGAAAAGCACGUUCCUAAAGCAAAUGCGUAUCAUUCAUGGCCAGGAUUUCGACAGUGAAGCAUUGAAUGAAUUUCGCCCAAUCAUUUAUGCUAACAUCCUCAAGGGGAUGAAAGUCCUAGCUGAUGCCCGAAGGAAAUUGAGGCUCGAAUGGACUGAUCAAUCGAACCAAAUGUACGCAGAAAGGAUCUUAGCUUUCACGGCACCACAACAAAUCGACACAGAGCUUUUCAUGAGUUACUUCGAUUGUGUGAGAAGGCUUUGGCGGGAUAAGGGAAUUCAAAAUGCUUACGAUAGAAGGAGAGAAUUUCAGCUGGUAAGAUUAAGCAUUUAACAUUUAUCUAAGUCAGCUGUGCGAGGUUAAAUUGGAGAUCGUGAAUUUCAUGUUAAUACCCGGGCUAAAAGAGCGCGGCUUCUGCAAGCCACCACAAACAAUGUAUUAUGCAUAACACAUAACUCUCGUUGAUUUCAACAAUGCUGGCCAUGAAGGAAACUAAAGCUGUAUUUAUUGAAUUUUUUUCAAUAGUACACACACUUAGACCAUUUUACUCCACCGAGCUUUGUUUUUUACGUCAGUAUUCUGCGUUACACGCAAUAGUAAAGACUAAACUGAAAGAAUUGUUGUGGAAUACAGAAUCAUGGUUGGUUUACCAACUUAAUGAUAUCGAGACCGAUACAAUUCAGCAAAUCACAUCUGAUGGGAGUCCAUGCUUUGUUCUUAACUUUAUAAGCUCAAUUAUCAGGUUAGAGCAGUCGGAACAGGAGACUUUUACGUCCUCCCGUCAAAUUAACUUGCAAAUCGAACUUCUAAUUUGUAUUAUGUAGUUUACUAUACAAUGUGUACGUGGAAAUGUUAGUCUUGGUAGAGAACAAGCGAUCGGUCAUGGGUAGUUUGAAAUUUACAUUCUUUCAGGGAUGUAACCAUUCCUUUUUUUUUCCAGGGCGAUUCUUCCAAAUAUUUCCUCGACCAUUUGGAACGUAUUGGUCGGCAGGUAAGUUCUCUUUUCCUCCAAUGUCCUACUUCUCACAUCGAAUCGAAAAGAAUCAUCAAUCGAGGUCGCUGUCUUAAACGAAACUGUAAUUGUAAACAUGCUGAAAUCUCGGUAUUCGGUACUCAUUUCAGCAAACAUGUCACUGUCAAAUUCAUUUUCCCGUAUUAUUUACCAGAGCAAAUAUUUUUCUCUAAAUAGACUCCAGUUUUCCCUUGCCUUACGAUUGGAAAAGUAAUAACAACAAGUGAGCAUAAUAAAUUUUAUAGCUGUCAUUUAUCCAACGACGAACAAAAAUCGUGAGCGUCAUUUUAGUUUAAUCGACUGCUCUUUUAUUUCUUAUAUUCGCGUUUACGAUUAAACAACUCGAACAUUGGUUUUAAAAUACAUGUUUCGUUUUCAUGUUUGGAUUUACAACAAUUUGAGAGUUUAUAAUUAACGUGAUUUGUCUGAGCGUUUGGUGAAUUCAAGUAAAGCUCUCGAGUGUAAGAAGCUCCUGUUCAUAAGCACGCCCCAAAUUUCUCUUCUUUUUGCUGUUGAUAUGCACUUUAAAAUCGUCCCUAGAGCGAUUAAAAUCCGGUCAGUAUUUUGAGGUAAUGCUUUCUCCGUUCACCUUUGUUAAGUGAUAUACAUUGAGUGCCUAAAGUGGCUAUAUAACGUUAUUUGUUAUAAACACACACUUCAAAAUUGAGGGAGUGAAAUAGAGGUAAUUCUAAUGGCAGUCUUGAAAGGGUCUGUUUUGCUGUCAUUGAAGAUUUGACAGCAAAUCAAGUAUUUCUUUAGAUAAUAUCUGUCUAAAAACAUAUAUAUAUUAGAACUAAAUAUAGAUUGCAAAGUAGUAAUUUUUUAUGAAGGACACUUAUUAAAACCCCUUAAAGCUUUUGUGUCUUAUAGUUUCUCUUUUUAAGGCUAAUUUCUAUCUUGUCCACAUGUUCUUUAAAGUCUACCCAAAAUAUUCAACUUCUGUACCUCCUUAUUCCAGAAAAGAAUGGUUGAUCUUAAUGAGAAAUAUUUUGCUCUGAGGAUUGUUGUUCAGUUUUUGCAUUGGAACUUGAACCAUGCUGCACAGAUCAAAUACUGAUGAAUCCAAAGAAAUAUUUUGAUUCUAUUUGCUGAAGUUAUCUUCAACCCACUGUCAAAUUUAUUUCAGUGUAGCAAGCAAUUCCAACCAGAUGAUGUUCAUGGUCAAUACUUUGCAGGAAGCAUAUUUUUUUUUUUUUUUGGAAAAAAUAAGCAAAUCAAUUUAUUAUGAUAAAGUUAAAGGAAUAUUAGAAUGUCAUCAUGAACAUCAGCUAGGAUGCUUUUUGAAUUAGGCCUCAGUCUGUAGCUCUGAUGUUUGAUUAAAAAAAUUAGCCAAAAUCAAUGCUAGUUUGCCUAUCCUAUUGAUUCAUGAAGAAACUGUAUAGCUUGAGUCUUAGGCCAGAUGUGCUCUCUCUUCAGACCAGCUUGAAAUUUUCUGGGCAAAACAUAGCUUGAUUCCACCAUGUUAUGUGAAAAUUGUGGAUCAUGUCAUUCUUGGAUGAAUUUGUUUUAUGUUGAGCUAGUUCAGUAGGCGAACAGUUUUGUCAGUUAUUAGUACUUGGAUGUUACACAAGGGAAAAGAUGGCAGGGAGAUUAAAAUUUUUCUUUUGCCAUCUUAAAUCAGCUAUUCUUCCACACUAGUAACUUUUUUUAAGGAAAGAUGAACACAUUUCAGUUGUUAAUAGCUCAUUUCCACAUGGGUCAUUUGAAAAUUAACUGGAACUGAAAAUAAUAUUUACCUGAGAUAAAAGUUGAAACUGUACAGGUCUGAUUUCUUCAACCACAUGGCCAUGAUUUUAUUGUUUUUGUGAUACAGCCAUCAUGACAUUUUGUAAAAACACUUUUUAAUGAAAGUGUAGUCUUGCUGUUUUUGAAUUAUGAAAUAUACCCAUUUAUUCUGAAAAGUGCUAUGUUAGUUGGCUGUUAUGUAAGAAGAGUUGUUUCAUCAAAUUUAAGUACCUCUUAUUAACCAUGUUCAAGGUCUGUACUGUAAGUUAUGGACCAAGUUUUUCCCCUUGGUUUUACGGCCUAAGUGUGAUGCUUGUGGGCCAAAUCUGAGCAGAAAAUACAAGGUAUAAAAGAACCUUGAGUAAGUAUCGUAGAGUGCAAACUGAGAAAAAGAGUUUAAUAGUAUAAUUAUUUCAUUUCUGGAUUCAAAUAUAAAGUGGAGAGAUCAACUAAAACAAACUUUUUAAUUUAGCUGGCUGUAUGGGGAAUUAUAGCCCACUAAAUUGUCCAAUCAUAGCAUAUACACUGAUAGAUAUAAUAUUCAGUCUUACUCUUCAUUUCUCUUUGUCCAAAGGAUUACAUGCCCUCAAAACAAGAUGUCCUUCAUGCAAGAAAAGCAACAAAAGGUAUUGUAGAGCAUGAGUUUAUCAUCAAGGGGAUUCCUUUCAAAAUGGUUGAUGUAGGUGGCCAAAGAUCACAAAGAGCUAAGUGGUUCCAGUGCUUUGAUGAGGUUACAUCCAUCCUUUUCCUUGUUUCAUCAAGUGCUUUUGACCAGGUUCUAAUGGAAGACAGAACAACAAAUCGUCUGGUGGAGUCGUGCAACAUAUUUGAGACUAUAGUCAACAAUAAGUUCUUUGCCAAUGUGUCUAUCAUCCUUUUUCUCAACAAGACAGAUCUUUUAAUGGAAAAGAUCAAAUAUGCAAACAUUAAAGACUACUUCCCAGCUUUUAUAGGUGAUCAAAGGAAACUGGAAGAUGUUCAGAACUUUAUUUUACAAAUGUUUGAUAGCAAGCGACGAGAGAGGUCUAAAGCUCUCUUUCAUCACUUCACAACAGCCAUCGACACAGAAAAUAUCAAGUUUGUUUUCCAUGCAGUGAAAGACACCAUUUUACAGGAGAAUUUGAAGUCUUUGAUGCUGCAGUAACUCAGAAGUGCAAAGUAUGUUGCCACACAAUGUUUUUCAAGAUAUUUCAAUUUAAAAAGGGCUCUAUGAGACUUACUGAAGGUUAGCAAGGUACAGUACAAAGACAGGAGUGUGGCUACUCAUGUCUCAUUUUGCCACCUGGAGUGUCAAAACAAAGAUGGUCCAACUUCAGGUCAUGUCUUUGAGAAUGUUUAUUUACAUAAGAAAGCUAAAUUGCCAUAGCAUACAUAACAAUAAAAACCUCUUGUAAAAUCUUACAAAAGGUAGCUUUUUUUACUUUUUUCAUAGAGUAAUUUGAAAAUAUCCUGGUUGUUAUGAGCUGGUUAGUGUCAUCUAGAUUACGAAUUUUUCUAAUCUAUUGUGUAUUGUCUAUAUAUCAUAAACUGUGAUCAUUGAUUUUUGAGAAAGAAACAGUCAUAUACUUCAUUUAUGGUGGCUAUGACCAAUUGUUUUAUAAUGGUAAUGAUAAUGCAAUAUAUAAUGCUUUGAUUAAAAGUUUGAAUGUUGUGAUGUAUGGAAGUUCUGGCAGAGAACCGAGACUGGCAUAAAUGUCUCACUUCAUUAUGGUCACUUUUGAAACACUCUUGCAAAUAUUUUAAAAACCUGGAUGCAGCCAAGUAGGAGAAAACUAUUUUGUAACCAAGUCAGAAAAUUAUCUUUUUUAAUUAAUUAAACUAAGUUUGUUUAUUUGAUGUGAUGAGCAAGAAUGACUUGCCACUGCCAAGCUGUGGAAUAUUAACAAGGAAAUUGAUUCUUUUCAUCUCUUUCUGUGGAAGUGCCUUACUCUGCUACACUGUCAAAGGAUAGAAUAUGUAA